AUGGUGGCAGACGAGGUCGUCGGCAUCGGGCUGCAGGAGCCGGUGCGGGCCAUGAUUCAGCGGGCCAUAGCGAGGAAGGUGUCGGCGAUGGAGUCUGGGGAGCUGGCCGCGCACCGGAGGGAGCUCCAGAUGCUGAGGGGCAUCGUGGUCGGUGAGCUGACGCAGGCCAAUAAGGUGGUGGUGCCGGGACGGAAGGAGAAGGACGGCGGCGAGGUGGUCGUGGCCCAGAGGGCGCCGGGACAGCAGCAGGAGAUGGACGGCGCCGCCGGCGCCGGCGCCGGGUGCGACAGGAUCAUCGGCAGGGUGGACUAG